AAGUGGUGGGAUAUAUAGGCUGGUGCGUUGGCGCUGCAUGCAACAGAAUCAAGAGUUGUCCAGCAAGUUGAGAGAAAGUCAACUUAUUGUGUUUUGCAUAGAGAUACAUAGAGAUAUAUAUAUAUAUUUAUUUUUGCUGGGUGAUUGUCGCUGAAGGGGACCAUGGUUAUGUUGAAGAUCUCGGCUUUCCUCGUUGCCUACGCCCUGGUCAUUUGCCAGAUGUACUGCUCACAAGCCGCGCCUGCCAGACCGGGUCUAGAGUCCAUGUCAGACCGAGUCACGCUCACGGACUACGAGGCGCGAAGGUUACUCAACGCCAUCGUGAAGGAGUUUGUGCAGAUGACGGCGGAGGAGCUGGAGCAGCAGGCGACUGAGGGAAACAGCAGCGUUACAGCACAGAAGCGAGCCUGCAACACAGCAACCUGCGUGACUCAUCGCCUGGCCGACUUCCUCAGCAGGUCGGGAGGAAUGGGCAACAGCAACUUCGUCCCCACCAACGUUGGCGCCAAGGCCUUCGGCAGGCGGAGGAGAAGCGUCCAGAUGUAAGCACUCCAGAACCUUCAUGGAAAUGAGGUUGAAAAAAAAAGAAAACAUCAGAGAAACACAGAAACCGACAAAAACAACAUCGAACAGAAAAUAAACACUGAACUGGCCCUUUACCCACUCUCUCACAUUCUUAUGGAUAGAAGACACCACAGGACUCCUCGUCCCCAUUUCCAUCCUGUUAGUGAAAUCUUUUGCUUUUGGCAAAUAAGAAAAAAAGCGGAAAAAAAGCACUUUAGUUUGUGUAAAUGAACAAAUGAACUCCAAAAAAAAAAGCAUCCUUAUGGUUCCUCUUUUUUUUAAUACAUGAAAAUAGCAGUGGUUAUCACCUAAUUUGCCCCCUCCUUUCACCUCGUUAGAGCACAUUUCUUCCUUGCGAUGCGUCCCAUAUGAGAUCCAUGCUCCUACAUUUUCCAUACCCCCCCUUUCCUCUCAAGGGUACCCUGUUUUUCUGUGUGCCAGAGGGACGCCAUUAAAGAUCAGCCUAACCAAGGCCCCCCCACAACGGCUGUUGUCUUGUGCCUUGAUGUAGAACAAUUUACAUGAACAUGAUUGUACAGUUCUGUCUCGAGACGAUAAAGAAGACCCAGAGCGAUGAGGACGAAGAGAACGAAGACAGAUUAAUAUUGUAAACGAUAUUGUGAAAAAAUUAAUUUCAGCAAGAUUAAAAUGUAUUUUAGAUACACUCGG